AGAGCUUAUAACUUAUCGCGUUGACGUUUGGAAGAGGAAAAAUACUGAUUGUUUACAAUUUGUCAAGAUUUGUAAAACCUUUACAAAUACGUGAAUGGCAAUGGAUGCCAACGUAGAAGAAGAUGAAGCAUUCAGUGAAUUAGACAACAGACAGGGCAAUGUUGAAGAAGACAUGCCUGAAGAAAAUGUUGAUGAAACAGCUGUAUCUGAAAGCACAUUUGAUUUGACAUUACCAGCAACACAUUCUUAUUUAGGACAUAACUUGGAAGAACUGAGAGGAAGGACAAUAUUAGAUGAUGGAAUUUAUAUGAACUUGCCAUUGUUAGUCAAACAGUCUGUUAUGUUAUUUCCUGGACAAACACUACCAAUGACAGUGUUUGAUCCACAGACUAUUGACAUGUUAACUGCUUGCAUCAGAAAUAACAGGACCUUGGGUGUUGUAUGUUUGGGAUAUGAUAAAAUGGUACCAAUAGGUACAACUGCAGAAAUUUAUGAAUGUGUGUAUGAGGAUCCUGAACAAGGCUUUCGUUUGAAAGCCAAAGGCAGGCAGAGGUUCAAGAUUCUGAGAGUUAUAAUACAGGGGUAUGAUAAAAUAUCAGCCAAUGUAAAAAUUCUACCAGAAAUAAUACUUGGACCACCAUUUUGGGACGAACGUUUAGCUUCGUUAGAUCAUUUACGAAUACGUCCAAGAACUGAAGAAGAUUUUAAGAAGCAAGAAAAAAUAGAAAAUUUAGAUGCUACUGUUACUCCUUGGCCUGCUUGGGUAUACCGGCAAUACGAUCCUUUAAGACUUUCUUUAAAAAUACGACAGCAUUUACAGUUUAUUGAAAGCAGAGGAAGCAGUAUACCAGAAGAACCAACAGAUCUAUCAUUUUGGGUAGCCCAAAAUUUGUUACUAGACGAUAAUGAAAGAAUUGUUUUAUUGAAUUAUGAUUGUGCAAUUUCGAGACUACAAAGGGAGAUCAAAUAUUUGGAAGAUGAUAAAAUAUUUGUUUGCUGCGAUUGUGAUUCUUUUAUUGGAAGGCAGUCAAAAAUGUUUCCAAUGAGUAAAGAAGGUCCACAGGGUACUUAUUGUAAUCCUGCUGGAAUCAUACAUGAAACAGUAACAUUAUAUCACGCGCAGGGUCUUACAUUAAGUCGCAAUCCGCCUUCAAUAGAAUAUACAUGGUUCCCAGGGUAUGCUUGGACAGUAGCUAUGUGUGAAAACUGUGGUGCUCAUAUGGGAUGGAAGUUCACGGCAGUUCGCAAUGAUUUAAAACCCCGAUCAUUUUGGGGCUUGAUACGUAAGAGUUUGAAAAACAAAGACAAGUGAGCAAAUAAUUUAAUCAGUACAUUAAACUGAACGAGAAAUCUGAAGAUUAGUUUAACAAACCUGGUGCAUAUUUCCAAUAGUGUGUUGGCGUUAUAUCGCUGCCUGUAUUUAUGCUACUUAAUUUCCUUGAGCUUUUAGUAGCAAUAAUAUUAAUUUCUUUAAUAUAAAAAAAGAGACCACAUAACAUUAAGGCAAUUAUUUAUCAUGAACUUCCAAUUGACUGAGGUACAGAUAAUAAUUUUUAAAAUUUGUACAUACGCAGAAUUUUAUUUUGAAGGAAUUAUUUCUUAUUUAUAUAAACUUAGAAAAGUACCGUUUGAAGAGAUCAGUGAACAUUUAAAGGAAGAAUAUAAAUUGUUUUUGCAAAAUGAUUUAUUCUGCUUACGUAUGUUUCGAUGAGCGUUUAAAUAACAUAUAAUCCUUAAUUUAAACUUUUGUAUAACUAGUCAUCAUGAAACAUGUACAUACAGUACCGAACAUGAUAGACUUCUCCAGGGAAAAUGUCAAUGCCCAGGUCAACCCCCUUCCCCCGUAAGCUUCCCCGGCUUUGAAAACUUCUGCUUUCCCUAUAAAAUCAUUUUCUCUAGAAAAGUCUACUUUGCUCGAUACCGUACAUCCAACAUAACAUUGGGAUACUAACAUAAGAAUUUGUUAAUAUAUCUUGCAUAUGGAGUAUUUCAUAUUAGGAUUCGUUGUGUAGUAAUUAAAAACGUUUUUUACAGUAUAAUGUUUUCACUUGAAACAAUGAGAUAAAAAUAAAACCUAAC